AUGAAACAGAAUAUUCCCGUGGUUGUUAUCGGCCUCGGGCGCGGGCGUGGAAUCAGCGACAUUCCACCAAUUUUCCAGAACACGCCUUACUACGUCGCUGCUUGCAUGGAUCUCACCGAGGUAGAUGAAGAAUACCGCUACAGUCCUCAUAACCUUAGUGUCAUCCUGCAUAACCUUCAUCCAAGGCCCCGGGCUCUCCUGAUUGGCAUCGCUGUUGACCCUUCUUACACGCAACCUGUAGAGCGUGUGUGGAACGAGGAUGUGGACAAAGUCUUGAAGCUCGAGAAGAAAUCGAGAGGAUGGUAG